UCUACAUUGCGGGAAUACAUAGUUGGGUAUGCAUUGCUGGUCUUAUUUUCGCCAGCGCGCCUCACGAGAGCGGAGAAUUCAAAUGCGAGCAUAAAUAUGUAAGUGGAUGCGUGUAUAGGUGUGUGGACCGAGAGUGGCGUGUAUUUUUGUCUAUUUACAAAGCUUCUGACGGCUUUAGCCCGACACGGCGAAAAGUAAUAAAGAUCCCAUUAGGAGACGGAACACACGCUCGUGAAUUCGCCCAAGCGGGUGCGUAUAUAACACGCGCGACAACGGUUGGGUAUACGCACGUCUACAACGGGAAUCUCGUAUGCGAGAGGCGUCCGCUGCAUUAUUACAAGUCCCGUCGCUGUGUGUGAUGUAAUAUCCGAUCUAGAAAUUACACUCUCGCUCUCCCCCUACUUUGAUGCACCGCACGAUUCGCCGCGUGUAUUAACGCCCCGGUCGCAUAUUAAAUGAUCCGAGCAAAGUCGAUCGUGCGAUUAAUUCAAUUCGCUGCGAUGAAUUUCGGAGAGUAUGAGCCAAAUCAAACAACACGUUAUUACACAAUCCAGAAGCAUUUUUCCCACUUUUCCUCCUCAAACUGUCGCCGUUCGCUAUACGAUCGCCUGUCAGCUUGCAACAGCGGCUCUCCGAUAAAUCCCGGGACACUAUAUACUGGGCGGCAUAUGCGCGGCGGCGCAUGGCUUUGCGAAAUCGCCGAAAACGAAAUCGUCGUCGUCGGAUGCAACGUUCCUUCUCUUAUACAGCGCGAGUGGCUACUUUGUAUUCCCGUCGGUCCGUCGCAUCGACGCUUCGGUGGGGCGCCCUAUAAAUGCAGCCCGAUCCCGAACACCGGGAGCCAGUCGAAUUUCGAAUUUCGCGCGACGCCGCAGAGAGCAGCCGACGAGGGAUAAACUCCGAGAAGGACACGAAGAUGAAGGUCGUCAUCCUCCUCUUGACGCUCCUGAGCGGCGCGCUGGCUUACCAGUCGCGAGGCUGGCGACCUCCUGGCCCGGCCUUUAAUCCCGCCCGACUACAACAGCAGCGGAUUCGGCCAGCUCUGACUUACGGACCUCCGACGCACUCCGGCAUCCCUACCACCGGAAGACCACUGCCAGAGCCGACCACGACGACGACGGAGAGGAGCAUCGAGCAGACGACGCCCACGACGUCGGUGCUAGUCCCGGAGCCUGGUACGGCCGGGACGACCGAGGACUUUGACUCUAACCCAGCACUCGCCAUCGCCAACUCGUUCGCCUUCAACAGGCCCAUCUACGUCUACAACGCCGGCUUUCCCUUUCACCCGGCUUACACCUUCCUGCCGCAGUGAGCUGACGCGGCUUUAACUCAUCGCGGGAUGGAGAUUUUUCUCACCUGGUCAUUUUGCCGGAUAAUUAGCAGGAGUGCGAGGACAGCUCGUUCCCGGAGGGAAAUUGCUCCACACGACCUCGGGACAUUUGCUUGAUUACCCUCGUGAUGAAAAAGCUUCGAGAUACCGGGUACGGUACACAACGUGUAAAUACAUAUCUGUAAUAAACGUAGCUCGAGAACUCGUA